UGUGUGUGUGUGGAUCAGGGUGGGGUGUUGCGCAUGCACUGUGGCUUUGGCCGUGUAAAUCUCCAUCAGUGUCUGUCUGGAGCGUCCUGCCGCUGCGCCGGAACAAGAGAGAAGAGCCCGUUACCUGAAACCUUUCAUCGUCCACCUUCAGAAUCUCUGCAGGAUUGUCUGGAAACCUUCCUCCAUCGCGUCCGGUUUGUUUUGUGCCGACGGCGGCGGGUGUCAUUGAGCUGCGGGGCGUCGCUUCUCCAAACGCGCAUCGGGAACCAUUACGCGUGCGGAUCUCCAGCCAUCAGCGCAGAGAUGUCCGGAUACCAGGGCAAGAAGAACAUCCCUCGCAUCACUAGUGACCGACUUCUAAUCAAAGGAGCGAAGAUAGUGAACGAUGAUCAGUCUUUCCAUGCCGACAUCUAUAUGGAGGAUGGAGUCAUCAAGCAAAUCGGUGAAAACCUCAUAGUUCCUGGUGGUGUGAAGACCAUCGAUGCCCACGGCAGGAUGCUGAUACCCGGCGGCAUCGACGUUCACACUCGCUUCCAGAUGCCCGACCGGGGAAUGACAGCUGCUGAUGAUUUCUACCAGGGCACACGAGCUGCUCUUGCUGGCGGCACCACUAUGAUCAUCGAUCAUGUGGUCCCAGAGCCGGGCGUCAGUCUGAUCGCUGCUUUUAACCAGUGGAGAGAGUGGGCCGACCACAAGUCCUGCUGCGAUUACUCUCUGCAUGUGGACAUCACAGAGUGGCACAAGGGCAUGCAGGAGGAGCUGGAGGCGCUGGUCAAAGAUCACGGUGUCAACUCUUUCCUGGUCUACUUGGCCUACAAGGACAUUUUCCAGCUAAAUGACUCCCAGAUGUAUGAGGUGUUCAGUGUGAUCAGGGACUUGGGAGCCAUUGCCCAGGUGCACGCAGAGAACGGAGACAUCAUUGCUGAGGAGCAGAAGAGGAUUCUGGGACUGGGUAUCAUUGGUCCAGAAGGACACGUUCUGAGCCGCCCAGAGGAGGUGGAGGCCGAGGCCGUCAACCGGGCUGUGACCGUCGCCAAUCAGACCAACUGCCCACUCUACAUCACCAAAGUGAUGAGCAAGAGCGCUGCAGAUGUCAUCGCACAGGCCAGGAAAAAAGGUACCGUGGUGUACGGGGAGCCCAUCUCAGCCAGCCUGGGGACCGACGGCACUCACUACUGGAGCAAGAACUGGGCCAAAGCUGCAGCCUACAUCACAUCUCCACCCCUCAGCCCCGACCCCACCACCCCGGACUAUCUCAACUCCCUGCUGGCCUGUGGUGAUCUGCAGGUGACUGGCAGUGCUCACUGCACCUUCAACACUUCCCAGAGGGCCGUGGGCAAGGAUAACUUCACCCUCAUCCCGGAGGGAACUAACGGUACUGAGGAGAGAAUGUCCAUCAUCUGGGACAAGUGUGUGGUGACGGGUAAGAUGGAUGAAAACCAGUUUGUGUCCGUGACGAGCACCAACGCCGCAAAGAUCUUUAACAUGUUCCCACGGAAGGGCCGUAUCGCCGUGGGCUCUGAUGCCGACCUGGUGCUCUGGGACCCCGACGUCACCAAAAUCAUCUCCGCUAAGAGCCACCACCUGGCAGUGGAGUACAACAUCUUUGAGGGGAUUGAGGUGCGUGGAGCUCCUCUGGUGGUGAUCAGCCAGGGUAAGAUCGUCCUGGAGGACGGGAACCUCCACACCACUGAGGGUUCUGGACGCUACAUCACCCGUAAACCCUUCCCAGACUACGUCUACAAGAGGAUAAAGGCCCGCAGCAGGCUUGCUGAGCUGCGUGGAGUCCCACGAGGUCUGUAUGAUGGCCCGGUGUGUGAGGUCACUGUGACACCUAAGGUCAUGACCCCUGUCACCUCCAGUAAGACUUCUCCGGUUAAACACACUCCUCAACCGGUUCGCAACCUGCAUCAGUCUGGAUUCAGCCUGUCUGGGGCUCAAAUUGACGAUAACAUCCCUCGUCGUACAACUCAGCGCAUUGUGGCGCCCCCAGGUGGCAGGGCCAACAUUACCAGCCUGGGAUAAAAUCAUUUACUCAUAACAGAGAAAAAGGAUGGGGUGGGAUGGGGGUUAAAGAAACUUGGGCUUUUCCUCUGGGAUCAGUCCAGCCGUCUGGACUGUGUCCCAACAAGCACACCUUUACUUCCUCCUACACUACUGUCCAUCCAUUCACCCCUAACACCCAUCCUUUUAACUCUAGUGUCCUGUUUUUGAGUGUCUUUCUUAGAUGAAUAAGUUUCAGGAUUACUUGGCAUAAAACUGGGAUACUAACUGGAAAGUUUGACCUAACAGCAUACCAGCAUUCUACUAAUUCUUCAGUAUGAAUAAUGUGCAUAGUGUGAGUUUUCUGUAUGCAAGGACCUACUGUACUGUUCAGUAUGAAACAGAGCAUAUUGCACUGUGUACUGUAUCCCAUAAUGCAAUGCAUCGUUCCAUUUCUCAUGCGAUGAAUGAACUGGAAAUAAUAUAAACUUUUUCUUUAUUUGUUAUUUGGCCAGAAUGUCUAAAUUAGAUAUGUUUUACAUGCAGUUAGAUUACAAUGCGAAAUAACUAUUUAUUUCUGCCUUGAUAAAUGUGAUGUAAACAUGCAACGCAUGCUUGUUUUUGGCCAAGUGUUCCUGAAACUUAUCCAGCUAACCAAGUAAUCUACGUUCAAAGAACAGGAACUACCCAGCUAACAAAAAUAUAUACUAAGAACGUUUUGCUAAAGUUAUUUUUCUCUGAACAUUCAAAACAAAUAGUUAAAAAAGAAAAAAGGUUUAAUUUUGGUUAUGUGAACGUAAGAGAAAACAAGGAAUGUUCCAUUGUAUCAUUUUGCAAACAUUAUGGGAAUGUUACUUUAAAUGUCCUCUGAACAUUCUUAAACUAGUAAUGCUUAAAAAAUGUUAGACAAAUGUGGAACUAAAAUGUUUCAGAGAAACAUUCCAUGAAGGAUGUAUAAAUAAAAUAUUUUUGAGUUAACAAUUAAGAACGUUAUUAGAGACCAGAUAACUCAACUGGAAGAAUUCAUAACUCAAAGUUCAUAACUUUGAGAAAACCAUGCCAGAACGAUCUGAUAACGUUUUGUUAGCUAGGUACUAUCCGUCAUUUGCCUCCAUACUUAAAUGUUUUUAUUUGUUUGCAUUCUGGAAAUGAACAGCACAAAACUCCCGCCUGUAUUGUUAAGUAUUAAACGUGCUGUCGCCA